AUGAAUUAUUUUGUAUUUGAGUUUUUCAAGCAUAUAGAGAUUGUAUCACUGAUUGACACAAGUAGUUUUUCAACAAAUAGUCAUGAUUUUACCAAAGAAGAUAUUUAUAAAAAUGAUCCAUUACUUCAACAAAUGAUUGAUAAUCUAAACAAACAUAAAGAGGAACGACAGAGGUAUGUAAAUAAUGAUCAGUCAUUGGUAUUCAGAAAAUACGUAAAUAAAGGUACUAGAAGCAGAGAAAAUGCGAUCAAGACAUUUUGGGAUGGAAUUGAACAUAGUCGAGAAUGGAGAUCACGAAUUGAAACUGGUGCUACACACUAUCCAUGUGAACAUUUGAUUACAAGUUUAACUGCAUGAAUUGAAUAAAGAAAGGCAAGUCCAAAAUCAAACUGGUGAAAAGUCGAAAAAUAGAUUGAAAGUAGUACUUAUGAUGUUUGUUUAGAACAAAUAUUUUC